GCCAUUUAGCAACACGCAGCCUACCAGCCAAACCAGCACAAGAAAACUUAUCCUCAACUAGAAUGCGAAUGCCUACGGAUAUGCCCAAGAGCCACAUCUCCAAGAAUCAAGGUGCCAAGGAGGCUGCGUCCGAAACUGUGGACGAGAUGCUGUCCGAGGCGGAGAAAAUGCGUCGUCGUAAUGAUCUUGGCGACCGCGGCCGUCGCACGUUGGAGCAGCUCCAAGAAGACGCUCGGAACCUCGGCGAAUACGCGAAAGAGAAGAUGGAUCACAUGAACGAGGUGAUGCGCGAAGCCGCGGCUUCAGCAAAGGAGUCUACUGGUCUCCCGAAUUCGGCUCCAGUGUCGACGGAUACUGUAAGCGACACCGUCAUGGAUUCGCUCAAGACUGCGAGCGAGAAGCUCAGUGCUGAGAUCACCGACCUCGGUGAACGUGUCGAGAGCGUCAAAGCUCGUGUCGCUCAGUCGAUGCAAUCGGCAGGCGGGAAAGCCAAGGACACGUGGUACCAGAGCGCCGAGGCUGCGAAGAACGUAGGCGAGCGCGAGUAUUGUCUGCCGCUACCUACGGACCGCAUCUGUGCUCGACAUGCUGCGUUUGUCGCCAUCCCGUUGUUGGUUGUCUUCGUGUUGAUGAUGCUACGUCGCCGUUACCCGAAGAAGUGGAAUGCCAGUGUGAACAAGAUGAAGCAGCCGCGCAUGAUGUUGGCGCGCGAGGUGCCGUCUACCGAUAAGCUCAAGUCGCAAAUGGAAGGGGUUGCGGGCAGCAUUGGGGAGAAGAUCGAUUACGGCAAGCAGGUCGGCAGCGCCAAGAUGGACGAGAUGCGCAGCAAGUAUGGCCAACCGGAGAACAAGAAGGACCAGUAGGAUUGGGCGUUUGAGGGUGCUGCGCAUAGCUUUUAAGUAGCUACACUUUCCAUUAUGAGCGCAGUUUGAUAAUUGUAAUCUGCAUACAAUUAGCUUUGCAGUUUUUUCUUAAA